AUGAACCCGACCCAGACGCUUUACUCGACCGGCGGGAGCUCACCGGCAUCGGCAUCUCCGGUGAAGCACCCGUCGUCUCUCUUUCCUCAGAUCAGCAGAUGUCGAACUAUGCGAGACCUCUCCCAAAUCCAUGCCAUAUUCGUCAAAUCUGGUCAAAUGCGAGACACUCUCGCAGCCGCAGAGAUCCUCCGUUUCUGUGCAACCUCCGAUCUCCUUCACCGCGAUCUCGACUAUGCCCAUAAGAUCUUUAAUCAGAUGCCUCAAAGGAAUUGCUUCUCUUGGAAUACCAUAAUCAGGGGUUUCAGUGAGGGAGACGAACACAAAGCGGUAAUCGCAAUCACAUUAUUCUGCGAGAUGAUGAGCGAUGAGUUUGUGGAGCCGAACCGGUUCACGUUUCCGUCUGUGCUAAAGGCGUGCGCAAAAACAGGGAGGAUUGAACAAGGUAAGCAAAUUCACGGGUUGGCUUUGAAGCUUGGAUUGGGUGGUGACGAAUUCGUGAUGAGCAAUCUCGUUAGAAUGUAUGUGAUGUGUGGUUUGAUGAAGGAUGCUUGCGUAUUGUUCUAUAAGAGCAUUAUAGAACGAGAUAUGGUGAUGGAUAGAAGAAAGAGAGAUGGUGAAGUGGUCUUAUGGAAUGUGAUGAUUGAUGGUUAUAUGAGACUUGGAGAUUGUAAAGCUGCAAGAGUGUUGUUUGAUAAAAUGCGUCAGAGAAGUGUUGUCUCGUGGAACACGAUGAUAUCCGGUUAUUCACAGAACGGUUUGUUUAAGGAUGCAGUAGAGCUUUUCUGUGAGAUGAGGGAAGGAGAUUUACACCCCAAUUAUGUUACUUUGGUUAGUGUUCUUCCUGCGAUUUCACGGCUUGGGUUGCUAGAACUAGGAGAAUGGUUGCAUAUGUAUGCAACCAAUAGCAGGAUUGGGAUUGAUGAUGUGCUUGGCUCUGCUUUAAUUGACAUGUACUCCAAAUGUGGACUCAUCGAGAAAGCAAUUCAGGUGUUUGAGAAAUUACCUCGAGAGAAUGUGAUUACCUGGAGUGCUAUGAUUAACGGGUUUGCUAUACACGGCCAGGCAGGUGAUGCCAUUAACUGCUUCUGUAAAAUGAGGCAGGCCGGAGUUCGUCCUAGUGACGUUGCCUACAUCAAUCUCUUGACCGCUUGUAGCCAUGCUGGAUUGGUAAAAGAAGGAAGGACGUAUUUCAGUCAAAUGGUGAAUGUGGAUGGUUUGGAGCCUAGGAUCGAACACUACGGGUGUAUGGUCGAUCUAUUGGGUCGCUCGGGUCUUCUUGAAGAGGCGGAGGAGCUAAUACUUAAUAUGCCUAUAAAACCAGAUGACGUGGUAUGGAAAGCUCUUUUAGGUGCUUGCAGGAUGCACAGGAAUGUGGAGAUGGGCAAGCGAGUGGCCAACAUUUUGAUGGAUAUGGUUCCUAAUGACAGUGGAGCUUACGUCGCCCUCUCAAACCUGUAUGCUUCUCAAGGAAACUGGGCAGAGGUUUCAGAGAUGAGGCUGAGAAUGAAGAAGAUGGAUAUAAGAAAAGAUCCUGGGUGUAGUUGGAUCGACAUUGAUGGUGUGCUUCAUGAAUUUCUUGUGGAAGAUGAUUCUCACCCGAGAGCCAAAGAAAUCAAGUCAAUGCUUGUAGAAAUCUCAGAUAAACUGAGAGUAGCUGGGUAUAGACCGAUCACCACACAGGUUUUGUUGAAAUUGGAGGAAGAAGAUAAAGAAAACGCACUUCAUUACCACAGCGAGAAGAUCGCUGUUGCGUUUGGGUUAAUAAGCACGAGCCCAAACAAAUCUAUACGCAUUGUUAAGAACCUACGCAUCUGUGAGGAUUGUCAUUCGUCGAUCAAACUCAUCUCCAAGGUUUACAAGAGAAAGAUAACGGUAAGGGACCGGAAACGCUUUCACCAUUUCGAAGAUGGCUCAUGCUCCUGCAUGGAUUAUUGGUGA